GUGGCAUGUCUAAGAUACUAUGGGUACCACAUAGGAGUAUUAAUGGCUGAGUCCGCCACAUGCUAUUAUAAGCAACCCACUCCCACACCUAAGCAGUGGGUCCGGCAGAAACACACAGAGGGGGAGUUGUGUGAAUGGACGGAGGGAUAGAGGCAUUGAGAGGGAGAGAGAAGGGAUCAAUCUCAGUUACCCAACUGAACCUGGAGAACAACAGAAGAUUAGCUCCUUACGCACGCUGUAAGUGAUCCGAGAAUAACCCAGAUUACAGGCGUGUGUGUGUAUUUGUAUGUGUUUGUGUGUGUGUGCUGUAGCCGUCUAUGUGUUAACCAGGUGAUAACACAGACAGAUCCCUAGGUCUUGUGUCAACCUACCCAUGCCUUGGCUGUGCUGUUGUGUGCCUGUGGUGCCUGCAUACAGAGCACAAAUAUCCCUUUUGUUUAUGAGAAUUGGUGUCAUGAUAAGUUAUAUUUCUUAUUGUAUAGGGCGGGUAAGGUCAUACAUUGCCUACAGUAGGCUAUGUUUAUGUCCCCAUUUGCUUCCAUGGGGUAUCCAGUGACUAUCCUGGAGGUGACACAGCGCAAGGCAUUUAGUGGCGACAGGCAGGUUGGUCUGGCCCAGAGUAUAUUUAGCUGUCUUCCUCAGACACUCUAUAUAUGGCCAGUGUGUCAGCAGUGCUACCAAACUCACCCUGCAAAACCCUGAAUGCUCACAUGCACAGGGGAUAGACAGGGAUAUACAUACAUUAGAGGGUGGAAAUGUUGUGUGUAUUGUCUUUUGUCUACAGCUACUUUACAUGAUUGUGGCUAUACUUUAGUUAUAUUGUCAGUUUGAGGAGUAAAGUAGAAGUGUUUGCUCUCUAGGGGGUUAAUUGGUGUCUUCGCCAUAUGCUUGCACCGUUCCAAUCCUUGUAGAUCUAUACCAAGAGCCUAGGCCUUGGGGCUUGUGGUGGGUUUGGAAGUGGGCACAGCUAUCCUCGGGAAGGGUUCAGCGUCAAACCCAUAUGACUCCCUCACAUUUCUCUGAUGUCAUCUUUACGUGGAUAUAGGAAGAGAGGUGUUGAAUGUUGUCCUGUGGUAGACACCUGAUCUGGGCAAAACCAGUAUUCUUCCAUAGCCCCAGGUUCAUUCUUCAAAUGUAUAAAUCUUGUUACACUGCAUUUACUACAGUUGAAAUAUUUUGUUAUUUGAUAACAUUAUGUUGAGAUAUGAUUUCUGUUUGUCAUUGAUACAGAAACAUGAUCAGAACUUAAAAUAUCGUACAUCACAAACCACAUCACAGACUGAAAUACACAAUUUACUGAUGGCCUCUCUCUCUCUCUCUCUCUCUCCUUCUCCCCUCUCUCUCUCUCACUCUCUCUCCUGCAGAAGAUGGCGCUCCCCACUGUGAUGGUGCUGCCCAUGCUGAUCGUGGUGGCUGCUGGGAUCUACUACAUCUACAACGAGAUCAUCCAGUACAUGUCCAAGUCCAUGGUCAAGAACAAAGUGGUGGUCAUCACUGAUGCUGUGUCAGGAGUGGGAAGUGGUGAGGAUUUGAUAUUCUUAUUCGUAAUUCAAUCUCAAUUCAAAUGGGGAUAUUUGAAUGGACUGUAUAAAUGCAUCACCAUUCAAAAAUAGCCUGGGAAGAAUAACAGUCUAUUAAUGCUUUGAUCAAGUAUAGCCAACAAUGUAAUGUUGUUCAAUGCUGAAACAGAGGACUGGGUAAAUACCACAGUUGACUAAAUCCAUCCCUCUCUCUUUCUCUCCCGUUCCUCUCUCCCUUUCCAGAGUGUGCUCGUCACUUCCAUAAGGGUGGUGCCAGGCUGAUUCUGUGUGGGGCCAGCUGGGACAAGAUGGAGUCUCUGUACGACACAUUGACCAGUGGGGCUGACCCCAGAGUGGUGAGUAACACUAAUAGGGGCCCUCCUUGGUGGCCUUGAGCAAAAGGAGAGUUCCAGUUAAAGUUCUUAUCAUAGUUUUGUGCUCGCCUGUUGUCUCUAUCUCGCCAGUUACCGCUCCUGCUUCCUCUUCUGGUGGCAGACAAUGGCAGGAUAUCCCAUCUGACAGUGCACUGUCCUCUGGGUAUCUCUCCUGCACAGGGCAGAGCAGUGGUGUGUUCAUGGAAAAAUAACAGAUGUCAUCAACAUGAACACUAGAAAAGGGCGAUAUGAUGAUGAGCAAAGACAUAAGCUAUUUGGAGUGUUAGGGUAAAAGGUAAAUGUGUAAGAGGAGGUUAAAGUUAGAGUUAGCGAUUAAAUCAUCCUUUCUUUCAAGCACAACUACAUACUUUAGUGCUGGCUGUCUUCAGACCUUCACACCCAUGUUGCUAUUAUAUUGCUUACUGUAAAAGUCUACGUAACAGUAUAAAAUCCCUCUCCUGUCCUUCCUUCUCUCAUCCAUAUGUCCUUUUCUUUUGCAUCCCUCUCUCCUCUGCUCAGACGUUCCCUCCCAAGCUGGUGCUGCUGGACUUCAGUGACAUGGACAGUAUGCCUGAGGUGGUGAAUGAGGUGGUGGAGUGCUACGGCUGUGUGGAUAUCCUGGUGUGUAACAGCAGCAUGAAGCUGAAGGCCCCCGUACACACUGUCUCACUGGAGCUGGACAGGAACAUCAUGGACAUCAACUACUUUGGACCCAGCACCUUGGCCAAAGGUAUGAAGGACUUUUCACAGGAGGAAAACACAUUGUGUGUUGCAGGUGAUUGUUUCAGUUAUUGAUUGAUUGAUGUUGCAGGUGUCCUUCCAGCUAUGAUGUCUAGGAGGUCUGGUCACAUUCUAUUGGUCAACAGCAUCCAGGGCAGACUGGCUAUCCCCUUCAGAACCUCCUGUAUGGAUGCAUUACACAUUCCCCUGUUGCAUUCCACACGCUUUCUAUGAGAUGAAAAACCUUUUGCACUUUCUUAAGAGGGACUUGUAGUUCUCACAGUCUGGUGCACAGGAUUCCUGAACAGUACAGUUCAAGAUAAUGAUUAGGCACAGUAUCUCUUCUGCAAUGUAUGGAAUGAGCCUCAGCAAUGGGUGAGUCGCAUCCUGUUUAUGUGUGUGUGUGUGUGUGCGGGUGUUAUUUCAGACUCUGCCUCAAAGCAUGCGGUGCAGGCGUUCUUUGACUGCCUGCGAGCGGAGGUGGAGGAGUAUGGGAUAAUAGUAAGCACUAUCAGCCACACCUUCAUCAACGCAGCUCCCCCCUCCACCACCCCCGCUAAACCUCAGAAGGGCCUGCCCACAUGUGAGUACAUACACACAUACUGUACAUACAGCUCUCUCUGUCUAGUGUCUGCAAACACAUGCAUAUACACCUAAUGGUUUCCAAAGAAAACUGUGGCGGCAGUAUAUGAGUACAGACUGACACAUAUACACAUUCAUAGACUUGAGUCUAUAAUGAUUUUCAGACUAAAUCAUUAGGCAAUAUACCAUAUAUGCCGAGAAAAAAACGAAGCAUAUUCAUUAUGAUAAUUCUGAGGUCUUCAGUUGGACCCUGUUAUGUUAUGCUAGCUCCUGUCUUGCUCCUUCUCUCUUCAGUUGGCGUGUGCCCGGCCGAUCUGGCCAAUGAGAUCGUGCGAACGGUGAGCAGGAAGAAGAAAGAGGUUUUGCUGGCCCAUCCCAUCCCCAGGGUCGCUCUCUACCUCCGCUCCUUCUUUCCCUCUUUCUUCUUUGCCGUGGUUGCUGCUGGAGUGAAGGACUCUGCCAUGGCAGAACAGAUGUAGUAGAAGGAAGGGAAGAGAGAAGAAGAGAACAGAGACAAUUAAAGAAGGACAAUAGAAUGUAUAGUGUAUUAUGGCAUAAUGCAAUGCAAUGAAAUCUAACCCAUCAGGGGCAAUUUAGAAGCCUAUAGUCUACAUGGACAUGGCCUCUGAUGUCAUUUCAGUGUGCCUUGGGUCCUGUAGAUGGAAGCAGUUCACUGUUCUUGUAUUCUCAUGUCAUGGCUGUGCAGAAAGGAUCCCAAAGUUACACCACCCACCACUAUCAAAAUUAACUUUUGCUCGCACUUUAAACAUUGUUGUUUCUAUUGGAUAUUUCAAUGUUUAGCCUAACCAUAAUUAUAAUAUAUGGCCUCAUAUGUAGUUUUGGGGGUGAUUGUUAAUGUUGUCUUUUCAUUUGACCAAUACACUUGUCCAUGUGAAUUACA